AUGCAUCCACAAGGUUAGAUACCUAAUGCAAGAGCUUGUUAUUCUUUAAAUUUACUUUCUAUGUAAUUCUACUUAUUUGGUUGUUAUGAUGGUUAGAAUUUUUAGAAUGAGAUAGAAAGAUAUGAUAUUUAACAAAAUAGAUGGAUAUAACCAAGUUCUAGUGGAACAAUACUAGCAGUUAGAAAUGCAUAUCCUAUGACCAAGGUAACUAAAUAAUUAUAGUAGAUGUAAGGAAAAUUUUUAUUUGUUUGAUUGACAUUCUGAAGCAUAACUUUAUAGGAUCUACAUGUGUUCAAUUCUUAUAAAUUAGAAUGGACUUAAGUUAUCACAAAAUGCACUUUAUCUAAAGGUUUAAGAAGACAUACAGCUUUUUGGAAAAUCGUACAAUUUAAGAGAAUUAUUUCAAAUAUUCAUAAAAUCCUAUUUAAUUAUUAUGA